GACUUUCCGUAAAGUUUAACUGUUGAGUCGGUGGCGCUGUUAGGAUCCGGUAACUGUCCGGUGUGUUAGUGUUUAAUGUUCAGAUGAUCUGGACAAACAUGGAGCUUCUUCCUCUCGUGUGUCUCUGUCUCCUGACUUGGUCUGGAACAACGUUUGCUGAUGGAAACGAGACAGAGAUCAUCAGAGUGUCAGCAGGAAGUGAUGUAACUUUACCCUGUUCCCUCAAAGAGGACGUUGAGCAAAAACGCUUUGAGUGGAUGAAAGAUGGUCUGAAGGAGGUGUUCCUGUUUGAUCGUGCUCCUCAACCACGUCAGGAUCCAGAGUUCGCACGUCGUGUCUCAUAUUUUCAAGAAGAGCUGAGGAAUGGAAACGCCUCCAUAACCAUCAGAGAUACAAAGAUGGCCGACAGUGGAAACUACACCUGUGAUUUUCCAGGUCGUCAAACAUCCCACAUUCAGCUUGUUGUUGGUGCAGCUGUGAACCCGUCUGUCACCACACUCAGAGUCACACAGGACUGGGCGGCGCUGCAGUGUGUUGUUCGAGGAGCUUCUCCCCAAACUGAAGUCGAGUGGCAGGACGGUUCUGGACACAACCUCACAGCUCAGCUACAGGUGUUUGACAGAGACGGACGCUACGACAUCAUCCUCCAAACGACUGUGACCAAGACCGACAUCUAUCGCUGUGUCGCCACACAGAAGGAAAUCAGCCAUCAGACUCAUGCUUGGACCUAUGUGUUCAUCUGUGGGAGGCACAGUGGGUUGGUUGCUGGUGUUGCUGUUGGUGCAGUUCUUGGGACUCUCGUUGUUGUUGGUGUUGUUCUGGCUGUGCUUAGAGCCAGAGGUUACAGAUGUAUUAAAGGUUCACGAUCAAACACCUUUUAAAGACUCCAGUCAGUCAGAGCAGAGACCUGAUCAGGAUCCUGAUCUACCUUUACAUGAGCUGUGAAGUCUUAGUGAGUUUUAGGCCGAGGUAGUGAGGACAUUUCAGCUGCUCCUCACUUAUUUCAGACAGUUUGAGAGUUAAGACCUGGAUCUGAAGUUACAGUUAGAGGAGCUGUGUCUGGAAACCAAACCGGAUCUGAAACAUGAUGUUACAAGUUACAGGGCUGUGAUCCUGAGAACAGACAUGAGCAGAUUGGCUGAACGAGAUGUAAAAAUGUCUGUUUAGGUUGAGAAAAUCUGACUGUGGAAGUAAAGGAGGUGUGUUGGAGAAGAUCUGUGACCCUGUAGUGAAAUGUUUGCUGGGUAAUGAUGUGUUUAUGUCCAAUGUAAAACACUGUGCUGUGUUUUUCUUUUCCAUCUUUACAUGAUGUAAAUAUGCCUUUGUUUUUUAAAGAAACAGUUUAUACGUCAUUAA